AUGGCCCGAUCUCGCGGAGGCUGCCUGAACUGUAAAGCCCGCAAGCGAAAAUGCGACCAGGCUCGCCCGGAGUGCCACGCUUGCUCCCAAAGGGGCAUGAGGUGCCAGGGUUACUCGACUCCCCUCCGCUGGGUCAAUGGCGUCGCUUCUAGAGGCAGAUUUGCCGGCGCUUCUGUGCCCGACGCGUCAUUGGUCGCGAAUCAAGGGCCUGAGAGCAAUCAGGACCUCAUGUCGAUGGAUUCCGAGACUUCCUCUGCUCCUAGGCACGAUACGUCGAGUCCUGCGUCGGGCUCAAUCUCGUCGUCUGCCUUUUCACCCCAGACCAUUGGCGUGCCGUCAGCAGACGCUCAAGACCCGAGAUUCCAGAGAUUCAUGAACAAUGGCCUCAAUCGGCUGUACUCCACGGAAGCCAGCUCUUGGAUCAAGCCCUUCUUUGAGCAGAUGGCUUAUCAGAGCCCGGCGCUGGUCAUGAUCGCUGGUGCGAUACAGCUCUACAUGGACGACGGGAAUCGCGGCAUGUCUGUCAAGUCGAUGGAAUACACCGACCUGGCCCUGCAGACGUUCCGACAAGAGCUUUCCGCCCGGUAUGAGCGAAUGCACCUCGCGACAAUAUGCGCUGGCUUGCUAGUCUGUUCGCUCUGUCUACUGCAGACCCAACCGUGGACAAUGUACCUCGAGCUCAUUGUCGACGUCUACGAUCUCAAGACCAAGCUCAGCACCGUUGGACAAAUUUCCAAUGAUCUCCAUACCCAACAUCUCCUCGAAGUUCUUGGUGUAAUGGAUCUUCCAUCCAGCGUCAUCGGUCGAGUAAAUCCUUCCAUCGGCGUCUGGAAACUCUUCCGUCGUCUUCAAGAUGAUCGCGACGAAGGCAGAGCGACAGGUGUAGAAGUCGUAUCAGGCAUUCCCCGCUCCCUCCUCGAUAUCUUUGCUAGCAUCAUGGACAACGAUCCAGAGUAUACCGAGACGCGCUUCUGGGACUGGCCGGGACAGGUAGGCAUACUGGAGAUCCGUCGUCGGCGGAGAAUGGAGCGGAAAGCGAGAGGGCUGCCCGACCGAGAGGACGGCACGUCGAGCAAAGGCCCAGAUACAGAGGUCGUUCUAUGCCGUCUCAUCUCAUCGAUAGAUGCCCUGCAAAAGGCCUUUGAAGAACCUCGCAAUCAACACCUCCUCGUCCACAACGGCCUUCCAUAUGCAGUCGUCAACGCAGGUCUAGAAGUCCCCCUCCUCAAACAACAUCCAACAUGGAAAGCAACCCUCGACGAUGUGAGGAAUUCGUUGCUCGGCACAGAUUCCUUUGAUCUAAUCAAUACUAUUUUCGAAAUGCUCGAUGAGGCGUGGGCGAACGGGACAAAUACUUUUGACAUUGAGAGCGCAGCACGCUCCAGGAAUCUUGAACUUGCUAUUUUUUAA